GCCCCGCUCGUCCCCGGGUCCGGGAGCCGGCUGUGGGCGAAGGACGGCCGUCGGGCGCCGGGAGUUGGGCAACAAAAGCUGACGCUGAAGAGGAAUGCACUAAAAGCGGCUUCUAAACAAGGAGAAAACCAUGCCAAUCUCCUGCCUUGUUUCAAGGCAUCCUGUUUGGAGACAUGGAGUCUUUCCAAGAUGGAUGGUGAGUAGCCACUGUACAGCAUCGGUGGGAUUAACCAGAGCCCUUGAGCAGAAAACAGGGAAGAGGAAACGUAAGGACCAGUCCAGGACAUCCAAACCCUCGUUCCUCCAGGCGGCCAGGAUUGCCGGCUUCCUCAGUCGGAGGGACUUGUGCAUCUCUUCUGCCAGUCCCCAAGAGGUGAUGCUGACGAGCGAUCGCUAUGCAGUGAAGAGGUUGCCCUUCUCACAUGUGUCUGACGAAGAUCUAGCUUUCUUUGAACACGUUAUCCCUGGCAGAGUCGUCACAGAUCCGGAUGAACUGAAACCCGCCAAUGUGGACUGGCUGAAGAUGGUUCGAGGCUGCAGUAAGGUGUUACUGAGACCUCAGACAUCAGAAGAGAUAUCUCAGAUACUCAGGUACUGCAAUGAGAGGAACUUGGCCGUAAAUCCACAAGGGGGGAACACUGGUAUGGUGGGGGGCAGUGUUCCUGUCUUUGACGAAAUCAUCCUUUCCACGGCUCUUAUGAAUCAAGUCAUCAGCUUCAACAGUGUGUCUGGAAUUCUUGUUUGCCAGGCUGGCUGUAUCCUGGAGAACCUGAACAGAUACGUGGAGGAGCGGGACUUCAUCAUGCCACUUGAUCUUGGUGCGAAGGGCAGUUGCCACAUUGGAGGCAACGUGGCAACGAACGCGGGUGGCCUGCGACUCUUGAGAUACGGCUCCCUCCGCGGGACUGUCCUGGGCUUGGAAGUGGUGCUGGCUGAUGGCACAGUUCUGGAUUGCUUAACCUCACUGAGGAAGGACAACACCGGCUAUGACCUAAAACAGCUUUUCAUAGGAUCAGAGGGCACCCUGGGCAUCAUCACAGCCACCUCCAUCCUGUGUCCACGGAAACCCAAGGCUGUCAAUUUGGCAUUCCUAGGUUGUUCAAGUUUUGAUCAAGUUCUGGAAACCUUCAGGACCUGCAAGGGGAUGCUGGGAGAGAUCCUGUCUGCUUAUGAGUUCAUGGAUGACAAGUGUAUGAAGUUGGUUGUGCACCACCUCAAACUUUCUAACCCAGUUACAGAAAACCCCUUUUAUGUUCUGAUCGAAACUUCAGGCUGUAAUGCUGCUCAUGAUGAAGAAAAACUGAAUCACUUUUUAGGGCACGUCAUGAACUCAGGUUUGGUGACAGAUGGCACAGUUGCUACAGAUAACAAGAAAGUGAAGAUGCUAUGGGCUCUGAGGGAGAGGAUCACCGAAGCCCUGAGUCACGAUGGCUACGUUUACAAAUAUGACAUCUCGCUCCCCGUGGAGAAGCUGUACGAUCUUGUGAUUGACACCAGGGCCCGUCUGGGAAAAAGUGCCAAGAACGUGGUGGGCUACGGACACCUAGGGGAUGGAAACCUGCACUUGAACGUGACUGCCGAAUCCUAUAGCCAUGCCCUGUUGGAGGCCAUCGAGCCGUUUGUGUACGAAUGGACAGCCCAACAGCAUGGGAGCAUCAGUGCCGAGCACGGGCUGGGCUUCAAAAAGAAGCAUUUCAUCGGCUACAGUAAACCGCAGGAAGCCAUCCUGCUAAUGCAGCGGUUCAAAGCCAUGUUGGAUCCCAAAGGCAUCUUGAACCCUUACAAGACUCUACCCCCCUCAGUGUCCCGCUGACACUGCUCCUCCUUUGCGACGGCUGCUGAGAAGCAGGUGUAGAAAUGGCCAGCUUUUCUUUUGCCCAGCAACGGCAAACGUUUGCCAUCGGAGGGGUUCGCUCACAGGAAUAGCCAACACCGCUUUGCUAUAUUAGUCGGGAGAGAAAAUUAAGCAAAUAAACUGUCUGGCCA